UGCGUUGUGGGGGUUCCCUACCUGAUGAGAACCUUAUUUGCCCUACCUUCAGGCCUGAGGGUGAAAGGGAUUCAGAGAAUCUCUGAGCUAUUUUAAGCCUUAUUGCGUGGCCCUCACUACAGUUGAUCUGGCAAGCCUGUCUCCCUCCCUCCUUCUGUAUUAAUCAAAUCUGCCCGCUGUUCACCCUCUGACCAGCUGUUUAAGUGACCAGGCUGACUGUGUUUGUUGCUGAAGACACAGAGACUAUGGACUGGGUGAUGCUGGACGUUUCCUGGACAUCGUGGGAGUUGGGGGAUCCUGGUAUGCACAUGGAUGGCUGCCCUGGAGAGCUACGUACCAGUUGCUGAACUGUCAUGAGUGUUUUGGUCCAAGGAAGUGGGUUUGAUGAAAAUUCUCUCCCAGUUAGAAGUCGCAAACAAUUUGUUUGAGCCAAGUGCUUGUCUCAGUCAGUUGGACAGGAAUGUAAAGAGCUCUGCUGAGUCUGGGCUGUGUCUGCUCUCCUGUUGCUGCUUUCAGCCUUCUCUUCCUGCAGCAGGACAGAAAGAGGGUUGUGUCUGCCCCAAUCUUCUCACAAAUGGCAACGACUGGGGCAAGUGCUCUCCUAGACCCUGACGGAGUGGCCUCACUCUGUUCGAUGUGAAAGCAGAGCUGGGGCAGGCAAAGGAACUGGUGAUUAAAAUAAAGGGAAACAUGAACCAUGGAGCUGAGGUGAACUCUCGAAACUCCAGCAAGAACAAAGGGUGUAAGAUGUCGGCGCUACAGAAACUGGAGAAUCUGGCUGGCCGGAUCUUUUACUGGGGCCCACGGAGUGAUGCAGGGGCGCCUGACUGUGGAGACACAGCCUCUGAAUCAGAGCACACAGCUGCUUGGAAUGAGCACAUGAAAGAGUUUCUUGCCAAAGCCAAAGAAGAUUUCCUCAAGAAAUGGGAGAACCCAGCACAGAACACAUCCAGCCUGGAUCAUUUCGACCGGCUCAAGACCCUGGGUACAGGCUCCUUUGGGCGAGUGAUGCUCGUGAAGCACAAGGAUACCGGGAAUUACUUUGCCAUGAAAAUCCUUGACAAGCAGAAAGUUGUGAAGCUGAAGCAGAUUGAGCACACCCUCAAUGAAAAGCGCAUACUCCAGGCUGUGAACUUCCCAUUCCUUGUCAGGCUAGAGUAUUCCUUCAAGGAUAACUCAAAUCUGUACAUGGUAAUGGAAUAUAUCCCAGGCGGUGAGAUGUUCUCCCACCUACGGCGGAUUGGCAGGUUCAGUGAACCUCAUGCCCGGUUCUAUGCUGCUCAGAUUGUGCUGACCUUUGAGUACCUGCACUCACUAGAUCUCAUCUACCGAGACUUGAAGCCUGAGAACCUCCUCAUUGACCAGCAGGGCUACAUUGAGGUAACAGAUUUUGGCUUUGCCAAACGAGUGAAAGGUCGAACAUGGACCCUUUGUGGAACACCAGAAUAUUUGGCUCCUGAAAUCAUUCUGAGCAAGGGUUAUAACAAAGCCGUAGACUGGUGGGCCUUGGGAGUCCUCAUCUACGAGAUGGCAGCUGGCUAUCCUCCAUUUUUUGCAGACCAGCCCAUUCAGAUCUAUGAAAAAAUUGUCUCUGGAAAGGUUCGCUUCCCUUCUCACUUCAGCUCAGACCUGAAGGAUCUGUUACGUAACUUGCUCCAGGUAGACCUCACCAAACGCUUUGGCAACCUCAAAAAUGGAGUCAAUGACAUCAAGAACCACAAGUGGUUUGUUACCACUGAUUGGAUUGCCAUCUACCAACGGAAGGUGGAAGCCCCCUUUAUACCAAAGUGCAAAGGCCCUGGCGAUACAAGUAACUUUGACGACUAUGAGGAAGAGGAGAUCCGAGUGUCCAUCACGGAAAAGUGCGCCAAGGAGUUUGCAGAAUUUUAGGGCCAGCCCCCUCCCCCUUGCUUUGUGUGCCCAGGGAAAGGAAGGGCUGGAUUUGAUCAGCCCAAAGGGCCAGAGUUCCUUGCCUAUAUGUUAAUUUUGGGAGGUGGGAGAGUGUUGGGGUUCACCUGGAUCUGUUUGGGAAGAAGAAAAAGGGGAGUUAAUUUUGAAGCUGUAGAAAAGAGAGGAGUCCAAGAGCCCUCCAUCCGCCUCCCACCGCAAGCUGCAAGGUGGUUCCCAGGCACUCUCAGGAAGGUUUUAAACAAAUUCCCUUCUUCCUCACACUGACUCCAACCCAUACACAAACCCAAAUCAAACAAUCCCUGGUUUAUUGAUGGCUUUCCCCCCUCCUUUUCUUUUCUUUUCUUUUUUGAGGGGAAAGGGGGUAUUUUGCAAUUCAUCCUCACCUAUAAGGUUUGGCUCAUGGGGCAUUGCAAAAAAAAUUCUAGAGGGGGGAGGGCAAGAAGUAAACACAUCCAGAUGGCACUUUGGUGUUCAGACCAGCACUGCAUGGGUUAAUGGCCCAGCCUUCUCCCCUUGCCCUGUAGGGCAAGCCUGUCCUUUUAUCAAUGUUUUUUCCUAGGCUCCUUUUAUUAACUUUAAAGAAAAGUUUAAAGAAUAGUUGGCUGGCUUUAAAAAUGGUUUUAACAGUCUUGGUGGGACAGUGCUUUCAUAUGCUCUGUUUCUAGAACACGUAAAAUUCAGCAGGAAUUUUAACUCUGUAAAAAACAGCUGGGUUUUAGCGUAAAGAAUUUGGUUUUUUUGGGGGGAGGGAUAGAAAAGGCAAUGUAUUUCCCAUCCUAGUCCUCUGGUCUGUGGGAAGGAGGGAGGGCAUAAUACUCACACCUUUAAGGGGGAGGGGGAAGUGAUUGGUUGAUAGCUGGUGCAGGAGUAUUCAGAGAAGGGACCCUGACUGGUUUGUCUUUCUUAAAUGUGCACACACCCCUUCUCUCUCCCAUCCCCUCUCCACAUCCAAAAUAUCUCUGAAGAACAGCUCCACCACCCCGCCCCAUUAGAGUGGAGGAGAAACAAGCCAGCUCUAGUCUGCUCUGGGAAACAUCUGUAUCUAACUAGCUGCGCCUUGGACAGGCUUACCCCUCUUGGUAGCAGCUGGGAUGGGCAAAAUACAGUCACACACAGUCUUUCCCAAUCUAUUUCGAACCUUGCCCCCAUGCUCUUGAUAUCGGGAUCUUUCCAGUCCUGUGACAGAAACUCCAUUACUCCAGUCCUCAAGGGCUACAUCCACUUGCUGUGUGCUUAUGCUCUGGUGACAGAGGGUGUGGAUGGAAGGCCUAGUCCUGUUGUAAAGGAGCAGAGAGGAGUUGAGAGAUCCAUCCACUCGCGCAAGCUGAUACCAGUGCUAACAAGGGAGGUGGCCUGUUCUGACUUGGCAUGAGAGGUGGCGUCCACUGUGGAAUAGUUCUCAGAGAGAUCUGGACGCCAAGGUAGCUGUGCUCAAAGGGUGUGGAGGGAGGGCACCUUGUGUUUCUCCCUGAAUUUGUUCUGACUCUUUCCCUCCCCUUUCCAAUGCAAUGCCUCUUUGUGUUCUGUCUUCACCUACCCCACUCCAAACACACUCUUUCUAUACUCACCACCAGUUUAGUUUCUUCUGUUCUCUUUCCGUGGCUGAGGAGCAAAGCAGGCUUCUCUUAGAUUUGUAGAUGAAUUAUAUAACAUGUACAGAAGCUCUGUGAGGAGUAGACAGGCUUUGCUUGCCUCUCCAACUCCUUUUCCUCCUUUUCCCACCAAGAAGUUCAUCCGCCCCCCACUCUGGGUUGGGUUGGGGAGAAGUGGAGCCGAGUAGCCACCCGCUCCCUGCCUCGGAAAAGAAAACACACUUCUAUGUAAUCCAACAAAACUUGUUUCACAGAGGAAAACAACAGCAACAACAAAUCCUAUUUCCUCUUUAACAGUGUGCUUUGUUGUAAACAUAUUUGAAACUAUUACCAAUAAAGUUUUGUUUAAAAAAAAAA